AUGACGGCUCGAUUGGGGGGUAUACAAUCGGGCCAUACAAUGCCCAGCGGGGGAGAGAGAGGUCUCCCAGACGUGCAGCCAGGAAGACCCCUCUUACCCACUAGAGAUCUAGCCAGCACCAUCUGGAUGGCCCCCCUGCAUGUCCGGACGCCCCCAGAGUGUCUGGACUCCCCUCUGAAUGACCAGAUGCCCCCUGCGUGUCCGGACUCCCUCCUGCAUGUCCGGACGGACCCGCUGUGUGUCCGGAUGCCCCUCUGCGUGUCCGUACGGCCCCCCUGCAUGUCCAUACACCCCCCUGCAUAUCCGGACGGCCCCCAGUGUGUCCGUACGGCCCCCCUGUAUUUCCAGAUGCCCCCAGAUUUUCCGGACUGCACCCCUGCAAGACCAGAUGCCCCUGAAGUCGAAGCUGAGAAAAGUUUGCGAUCGCCAGCACUGAAAAAUCAGCCUGGGAGCCAUUCCAUCACUCCAGCGAAAGACCCGGCAGCGAAAGGUGGCAAAACGUUUUUUGACAAGAUGUCAUCAGAAAGCGCUCAGAACAACAGCUCUGAAGCUUCUGCUAUCUGUCAAAAAUCUGCAAGUGGACUUUCAAAAAGAAGGACUAACGAGAGUGAGAAGGUGUCCCUGGAGUGCCAGGAGCUUGUCUCCUUGAAGGAAAGGAUGGCCUUAUAUCAGGCAGCCGUGACUAAAGUGGAAAGCAGCAAUGCCUCAGCUAACGCUUUGGAGGAAUCGGAAGCUUGCAGGAUACCUGGAGGCUUAGCAAGCGUGAAGAACCAAUUUGAAAAAGGAGAAACCGUCUCAUCGCAGAAUACUCAGUUCCAAUACCAGCAUAAGGUUUCUCAACACGAGGAAGCUUCAUUUGAGGUUAACGAAGCUUCUAAUGUCACUCAGUGUAUUGAGGAAACAGUGAUCAAUGAAGUUUUGGAUGAGGAGGUUCCCAAGACCUCUACACAAUCCUUAAAGCAGCAUUUUGAAAGAACAGCCCAGGGAAAGACAUUUCACACUGGCAGAGAGAGUGGAACACCUGCAAAACAGAUUAAGAUUGAAAAGGAAUAUCAAGAAAUGGCCUGGCCUUCAGCAGCCUUUUCUUCUGCUACUGCUGACGCUGCUUCCGUGAAUAGACAACAGGAACUGUACAUGGCAAGGAAAACUGGCUAUGCAUCUGCAGCCUCAGCCACAGCCUACAGCAACUCUUCUAAGUAUGGAAGCAUGGAGGAGUUUCCUCCUCCACCCUCUCCAGACUUACUACAAGUUCCAUCUGAAAUGACAGAGUUUUCCCAGUCCCCUGAACCCUCUCCUUCUCCAUCAAAGCACACCCUCCCCAAAGAUUUGUACACCAAGCAACGAAACCUCUAUGAAUUGAAACGUUUAUACAAGCACAUUCAUCCAGAAUUGAGAAAGAAUUUAGAAAAAGAUUAUUUCAGUGAUAUCUGUGAGAUAGUUUCUAGCGACGUAGAAACCAGUAGCUCGGUAGCAGGAGAUGUACGUCAAGCCAAGUACAUCUUUGAAAACACAGGAAGCAGCCCUCUGAAGUGCACGAGUCCAGAGAGGGAGUAUUUGGAAUGGGAUGAAAUCCUUAAAGGAGAGGUUCAGUCCAUGAGGUGGAUCUUUGAAAAUCAGCCUUUGGACUCAAUCAAAGAUGAGUCCCCAGACCCAAGCAGUGUUAAAAGCAUUGCAGAUCAAGAAAUCAUUGCAGGCGGAGAUGUGAAAUACACUACAUGGAUGUUUGAAACACAACCCAUAGAUGCACUGACAGUGCAUUCCUCAAACGAGACAGAAAACGAAGACAGAAUUCCUGAAUUGGCUCGAGGAGAUGUCCGCACAGCUACCUGGAUGUUUGAAACGCAGCCAUUGGACUCCAUGAAUAAAAUUCACCAGGAGAAAGAACAAGAAUCCAAUGAAUCCUCCCCUGAGGAAAUUGCUGGUGGAGAUGUCAAAACAGUGAGGUAUAUGUUUGAAACACAGCAUCUGGAUAGACUUGGGCAACUGUACUCAGUGGAUGAAGCCAAGCUGCUACAGCUGAGGUCUGAACUAAAGGAGAUUAAAGGGGAAGUGAAGAGAUGUAUACGGCAUUUUGAAACUCUGCCAACGUAUGUUAUUCGGAACAAUUCAGGCCAAAUGCUAGAGAUUAAAACUGUUCAUCGAGAAGACCUUGAGAGAGGAGACGUCAGAACAGUGCGUUGGAUGUUUGAAACCCAGCCCUUGGACACGAUUAACAAAGACUCUCUGGAAAUCAAAGUUGUCCGUGGGAUCUCGAUGGAGGAGAAUGUCAAAGGUGAGGUGGGCAGGGCCAAAUGGCUUUUCGAAACACAGCCUUUGGACACAAUUAAAGAGGAGUCUGAAGUGUCUGUUGUGGAAAAAGAAGUCAUUGUAGGUACGGAUGUCUGUGGCAAAUGCUGGCUUUUUGAGACUCAGCCUCUGGACGCCUUAAAAGAAAGGGAAGAUACACAUCCUUUACUGACUGAAGAAAUAAUAGGAGGAGAUGUAAAUACUACUAAACACUUGUUCGAAACAUUGCCAAUGGACAUGCUAAAAGACAGCCCAGAUGUUGGAAAGCUUCAUAAAAUGGCUGCCACUGAGGAAGAAAAAGGAGACGUGCAGCACCAGAAACUGAUCUUUGAAACGCAACCUCUAGAACAGAUCAGAGAAGAGAAAAAAGAACUCAUAAGAACUGUGAAGCUGGAGGAAAUUGACGGGGGAAAUGUGAGCAGCUGCAAACAUGCAUUUGAAUCCUGCAAGUUGAGCAAACAUGACAACACACACAAAAUCCAUGUUGAGGGUGUGACACGGGGUGCGGUCAAAUUAAACACAGCUGUUUUUGAAACAACUCCAUUGUAUGCAAUCCAGGACAGACUUGGGAACUAUCAUGAAGUGAAAACAAUUCGACAAGAAGAAGUUGUCAGAGGGGAUGUCAGAAACUGUCGGUGGCUCUUUGAGACCAGGCCCAUUGACCAGUUUGAUGAGAGUAUUGAAAAAAUUCAGAUUAUUAAAGGAAUAUCUUCCCAAGAAGUCCAGUCGGGUGAUGUGAAGUCAGCGAAAUGGCUGUUUGAAACUCAGCCUCUGGACUCUAUUAAAUACUUUUCUAAUGUGGAAGAUGAGGACAGCAAGGUACAAAUGGAUUCCACGGAAAUUGUCAAAGGAGAUGUCAGAAUGUGUAGGUGGCUAUUUGAAACCCAACCAAUGGAAUCCUUGUAUGACAAAGAAAAGGCAGUGGCUGAUAAUGAAGAGAUACACAGGGGAGAUGUCAAAACCUGUACCUGGCUCUUUGAAACCCAACCUCUCGACGAAAUAGGCGAAGACUCAGAAAGAGUCAUGAAACUACAGACGGUGAAGCAGGAUGAAAUUCAGGGCAGCGAUGUCCGCACUGCAUGUUUCCUUUUUGAAACAGAAAACCUAGAAAAUAUACAAGGAGAAGAAGAUAAGGAACUCAAGCGAGUAGUAGAAAUCGAUAUCCAGCCUGGAGAUGUUUCCACCAUGAGGUACAAAUUUGAAAACCAAACAUUAGACUCUAUAAACUUCAGUGCAGAAGAAGUGUUGAACAAAAUUAAAACCAUGCAACGUGAAGACAUACAAAAAGGGAAUGUUUUGAAUUGCUGUUGGCUUUUUGAGAAUCAGCCUAUUGAUGAAAUAAGAGAGCACCAAGAGGACAGGACGUCAGUUAAAACGGUUACAGAUGUACAAGGUGGAAAUGUGAGAAAAGGUUGCUUCAUCUUUGAGACGUUUUCUUUGGACCAGAUUAAAGAUGAAUCUUCUACAGACAUAACAACCAACAAAACUGUAAGAGAAGAUGAAAUAACAAAGGGAGAUGUGAAAAACUACCGAAUGCUCUUUGAGACCCAGCCGCUUUAUGCUAUUCAAGACAAGGAAGGGUAUUACCAUGAGGUGACUACUGUUAAGAAGGAAGAGGUGAUUCAUGGGGAUGUGCGUGGAACUCGGUGGCUGUUUGAAACAAAGCCCUUGGGAUCAAUAAACAAAUCAGAUAAUGUGUAUAUUAUAAAAUCGGUCACCCAGGAGGAUAUCCAAAAAGGAGACGUCAGUUCUGUCAGGUACAGAUUUGAAACACAACCAUUGGAUACGAUUUCCGAUGAGGAAAAAUUCAUUGUUCCCACAGUUGACCAUGUCCAAGGUGGUGAUGUGAAGGCCAGCAAGAAGUUGUUUGAGUCUGAAAAGACCAAAGACAUGUAUGUGAGAACAGUGAGUGUCAGUGAAAUACAGCAAGGCAACGUUAAAACAUCAACUUGGUUAUUUGAAACACAUACCAUAGAUGAGAUUAGAGGUGAGGGGUCCGAAUAUAAAGAUGUUAAAACGGUAACAAAGGAAGAGGUACAAGAAGGCGAUGUUCAGCAUGCAGUGUGGCUUUUUGAGAAUCAACGUUUAGACUCCAUUAAGGAUACUGAUGAAAAUGAUACAGAAAUAGCUAGGGAAGAAAUUCCACAGGUGGAUGUCAAAACCACAACAUGGCUUUUUGAAACGACACCUUUCCAUGAAUUCAAUGAAAGCAAAAUAGAAAAGGAAGAAAUCAUAGGGAAGAGUGUAAAAGAGACUUUAAAGGAACUGUAUUCUCACAAAGUGGUCGAGUCACACGGAAUUAUCUUGGAGGCAGAUGAAAUCGGCGAUGUCCGAAUGACAAAGUAUAAACUGAUGAAUCAAGACGCUCCUGAAAUACAGAAAGAAGAGAUUAUUAGGGGAGAUCUGGCCAACAUCAUGAUGAACUUGUUGUCCAAAAGCAGUACUGUUAAAAGGGAAACCGAAGUCAGUGAAGAUGAAAAGGGAAAUGUGAAUUUGACCAAAGAGCAGUUGCUAAAUAGACCAACAGACGUUCACAUUGAAAAGGAAGAGGUGGUGAGAGGGGAUAUACAGCAAGCCAUUAAAAACCUGUUAAGUCAGAACAGUUCCGCAAAACGUGGGAUUUUAAUUCAGGAAAAUGAGAGAGGCGAUAUUAACAUGACAGUAUAUUCUCUCUUUCACAGAAAGGAUAGCACUAAAACCCAGCAAGAUGAAGUGAUAGGAGGUGACGUGAGGCGCACAAUUCACAGCCUCCUGUCCUCUGCAAUGAAUAAUGAAACGCUGGAAAGAGCUAAAAUAGAUGAUUCGGAAAGGGGCAACGUUCAGUUUUUUACGACAUGCAUAGAAGCUGGGGCUCUGGAUUAUCUGAAGCAACUCCAGACAGGGACAAGUGAAACAUUUACCAAUAGGAAUCAAGAAGAAGAGGAGGAGGAAGAGGAAAUAAUUGGUGGCGAUGUUGAAGGCACAAAACUAUUACUUAAGAAAAAGAAGUCUCAAAUCGCACGUACCGUUAAUGAAACUGACAUUAUUCCUGGAGAUGUGUGUAAUGCAGUUAAAAUCUUUAUGACUGAGCCACAAAAUUCAUCUUGUCAUGUAUGCAAAGAAGAAAUUAUAAAAGGUGACUUGAAGGCAGCAUUGAAUUCUCUAAGUCAGGCCAUCAAUCAAACAACUGUCACAGAGAAAGAAGAAAUUAUAAAAGCGGAUAUCCUCACAAUCCUGAAGUCUCUCGAAGAAUCUGCUGGUCGGCUGAAAGAAACGGAAAAACCUGAUGUCAUCCCUGGUGAUAUUAAGCGGGCAAUUGAAUCUCUAGAGAAAGCAAGACAGGCAAAAAAUGAAGUCCUGAGAGAAGAGAUUGUCCGAGGUGAUCUUGAGUCGACCUUAAGGUCUUUAAGAGCAGCUCAGCAGUCUUUCCAGGAGAUAGGCAGAGAAGAAAUAGUCAAAGGAGAUACUCAAAGUGCUGGAGACAGCUUACAGAAGACAUCGGCAGAUAGAAAAAUGACAUCACACCAAGCAGGAGUCUGUGGAGAUAUGAAAAGAAGUACUGAGACUCUCUUUGAGCCUUCUGAACAAUUAAUCAAGAACCAGGUUAAUGUGACUGAAAGGAUACAAAAUCAUAUACGCCAUGAGGCGUACCACCAAAGAAUGCAAACUGAAAGCAGGGGCUUCCUCAGUGAAGAUACUAGAGAAGUCCAUUUUGAUCAGAAGCGCAGCACAAAGGCAGAUGAGGAAGAUAAGAAAAAUGUGAAGGUAUUAUCUAAUUCCCAAUACAAGGUCACUGGAAAAGCAGGCAAUCCAAUGGGUAAAGUGAAAGCCCAGAACCCUGUGAAAAAGGAAGCAAAGACUGAUAGCAAUCACUCUGUAGUUGCUCAGUUUGCUUCUUGUAGUGCUGUUCAGAAGAAUGAAAGAACAGAGAAGUUGGAGGCAAGCAGGAUACUGAGUAAUGGCAGCAUAUCAAGUGUGGAACCAUCUGUAAAACAAAUACCUGACACAACUACUCAGAAAGAAAUGAGAGAAAAAGCAAAAUUGUCCAGCUACACUCAUAACAGCCAUCAUAGAGGUACAGAGCAAGUAGUCAACAUGUCAACGGGCAUGUUUUCCAAGGCGACUGGUUGCUUUCAAAAGCAAGACGGCCAGCAAGGAAGAAAACAGCCUCCGUGUUCAAAAGAGGUUUGCGAAGAGGGGAAAACUAACAUGAAAGCAAACCAAGCUGUGGUUUCCAUGGCGUCAGAACAGAAUCUAAAAACCAAUCGAAAAGUCAGAGUAACACAGGAAAUUCACGGCCAAUUUGAAGAAGCCGAAAGGAAGCAAAACUCAAAAGUUAUUCAGGAAAGUGAGAAAUCUAUGGCAAGGCUUAAAGGGAAGGGGAAAGGGGAUGUUGCUGAGUUGAAAGGACAUGUAAAAAAUCCUCAAAAACCAAACAAACAUGCUAGAAGCCUACACAGAUCAGAAAUUGAUUCCCCACCCCCACCCCCACCCCCACCCCCGCCUUCACCACCACCUUCAGUAACUUCAUCUGAAGCUGACCUUCCACUGCCACCACCUCCUCCUCUGACACAUUUAAUGAUGGCUUCUGAAAAAUCAAGAUUUCCUUCACCACCACCACCAAUAGAGCAGACUAGAAUGGACGUUGACCAUUUUCCUCCUCCGCCACCCUUAGUAGAAGACAAAUCUGAAAGUGAAUCAGUAUCUUCUUUGCCUUCUUCGCCUCUUCCUCAGCCAUCCGGGAUUCCUCAGCCAAAACAAAAGAAAGAACAUUUCUUCAAGCAUCUAGACAAAACCCUGCAGCAAUCGAUUCAAACUCAUGCCAGCAUAAGACCUAGUAAGGUCCCAUCCAUUAAGAAACCUCCACAGAAACAGUCAGAAGAAAAACAGCUUGAAAUGCCUCACAAAAUUCAGCCCGAGGUUCAGAUAUGCAAGGGAAGGGAUGUGACAAACGUCAUGGAAGAAAGCACAGAAAGGACCAUGGUGACUAGUGUUGUUAGUCACGAACAGAAAGAGAAAAGCGUCUGCACAAGAGCAGAGGAGGUUAGAAAGCCUCCCUCAGACACAGAUGCAAUCAAGCCGGAGCCCUUGCUGGUGAAGAAAAGAAGUCCGUUUCUGCUAGUGAGAUCUCCUUCCCUCCCAUCAGAGGCUACAUCAAUGAAGCCUAAGCCAUAUGCAAGAAAAUUUAAAACCCCUUUAAUGAUCGCAGAAGAGAAAUAUAGACAACAAAGGGAGGAGAUGGAGAAGAAGCAAGCACAAGAAUCUUGUCAAUUGAUCGUGAGAAGAAAUAGUGUAACUUCUGGAAGUUCAGUUCAGUUGGAGUCAACAGCAUCUCUUGUGGAGCCAAAACCCUCAGAACAGUACCAUUUCUCUGUACUAGACUCCUUGACCUCUGAAGCUCCAAAAAAGACAAUGCCUGCUGAGCCCGAAAGUCAGGCCAAGCUUCACAAUGUGGUCUCAAGUGCUCUUGAGCCACAAACUGCGUCACAGAUUGCAGCCGUCAGCCAGUCUCAAAGCAUCUCAAAAACCUCCACAGACGAGCACAUUAAAAACGAGGGUACAUGUGACGUGCAAAGUUUCACAGAAUAUAAAGUCUCUUCUGAGAAGGCGCAUACCCAUAGGGAACAUACACCAUGCAAGACAGAGCAACAUGAGGAUGAGGAGCAUUGGCACAUGUCCAAAAACAAAAUUACAUCCCCUACUUUUAAAAUCAGAACCAUCAAGCUUCCCACAUUAGACCAACGAUUCGGGGAAACACACAAGGGCUCUGUGGUACACAGAAAGCAAGAGGAAAAUAGCAGCAACCAAGUUGUCAUCAAACAACACAUUCAAGAAAAACAGGACAGAAGCAGUUCUGUGAGCAAAAAGCAAAGCACUGGAAAGGCAAACAAUCAGGUGCAGGUUGAUGAGAAGGUGCGGUUGGAAAAACCACUUUUAAAAUACACAGAAGACCGGCCCGAAGUAACUGGCAAAGAGUCCAGUGAAGUGAAACAAAGGUUAGCUCAAAGGAAAGAAACAGGGAAAGAAGAAAUUAAACAACACAGUGUCUCUCAGGCUGUGCAAGGAAAGCAAAGCCAAGUAAUUACUUGCCCUACAGAAGAGAAAAUAAUAAUUCAAAGGAAACAAGAGGAAGCAAGCAAUAAAUCAGAAAAAAUGGUCAAGCAAAAAGUUAUUGACAUUCAUGAGUGUUCACGGACUUCUGAUCAAGAGAAAACCUUGAGUCUGGAAACAAAACACUUGUCCCAAGAAACCAGGAGUUUGCAAGGGAAGGAGUGUGUUGAAGAAAAGGUCCUGCAGGCAAAGAAGGGACUUCUUAAGACUCCACCGCCCAAACAAGAUGUUGGCCCCAAGAAAAAAAUACUGUCCAGUUCCGUAAGAGAAAUACCACAGAGUCAUGAGAAAAACCCAGUAGAUAUAUUAGAGUUCCUGAGGAAACGUGAGGAGGUACAGCAGGUCCUGUCCAGAGUGAAGCAGUUUGAAAUGGAGCCAAAUAAAAACAGGAUCCAGACCUUCCAGGUGUUCUUAAGUGGUAUUCCAGAGUGGCUGGUCGAAAACCAGAAGAAACAAAAGUUAAUCUCUAUUGCUCAGGAGAAUAAUGCUGACAAGAUGAAAGAAGAACUAUUGGCUAUUAAAGACCAGGGCGCCAAAAUCCUUGAAUGGUGUGAAGAUGCAAUCCAAACAGCCAUGAUUUCCACAAAAACCCCAAAAUCUAGGAAGGACUUCCUUAAUGUUGGAGGAUCCUCGCAGAAUAUCGCUAAAGUGAGCAUUGGCUCUAGUAGAAAAGAGUCUCACGAGACUAAAGAGGUGAUCAAAGAUGCGGUCACACAUCAGGAAGUGGAGCGUAUCAAUGCAAACAGGUACACAGAAAGCACACCUACUUUGUCAUCAUCACUGAGGACACGGGCACCCUCACCUACUUACAUUACGAUUGAGUCAAGGCGAAUUGAGUCUCCCCUCAAGGAGCCUUUGUCUCCUGUCCAAAGGGAAUCUAUUCCAGUUCCACCAUCACCCCCUCCUAGAUCUGCCACACCAACAUCGAAAUAUCAACCCUACACAGCCUCCACCUCCCCCUCUCCGCCAAGAAGCCGUUCGGAGCAGCUUGCCAAGCUCAAGGACACCACUGUGAAACUGUCCCAAGGAGCAACGCAAACCAGAUCAGUCACCCCGGUUCCCAUUGUAGAAAAACGAUCAGAGAUUGUUAAAUCUCCUGCAACUCUCCGACGACAAAUCAAGAUUGAGCCACGGCAACCUGAUAGUUCGUCUUCAAAAACGUUGCCUGCAAAGGAAUCACAGUUAACUGCUGGUACAGUGAAGAAAAGUAAAGAAAUGCACAGAGAACUGGAAACAAACAAGAUGUUUGUCAACAAAAAGAUAGGAUACAUUCCAGAAGGCUUAAAGCUACAAGGACAAAAUGCAAGCUCCCUUUCUGUUGCUCAGAAAUAUGAAGCUGCCAAGGUUGAUCCCAAAGGACUUACACAUAGAUUUGAAGCAUCUGAGCAGGUGAUUCACGGAGGAAGAGAAUCAGAGGUAUUUGAAAUAUCAGGCCAUGAGUGUGAGGAUAAAAUAGACAUACUGUUGGAAAAUGUUGAUAAGCCAGUACCGGAGGUGAAAUCAAAGAAAAAAUAUGUUGAAAAUGGUGUGAUUAGUGGCAAAAUCAGGGAAGAAAGGCGCAGGUUUAGACAGAAUGAAAUAGGCCAGACUUCUCAUGAAAGGGCAAAGCAAAAUGAGGGCUUCCAAAAGACUCCAGGCAAGCAGCAAAGAGAACCCAAGGACAAUAAAUCUUACAAGCAGAAGCAGGGCUCAGUCAAAGAGCACUCCGUUGAGCCCGUGGUAAGCUUUGAUGCCAAGUCCCUCGGCGAAUGCUCUUCUGGCAUGGAUACAGUUGAGAACACUGUUGUUGAGUCACGCACUACCACCUCCAGAUCACGAAGCGCAGAUGGGCUGCAGUCUGGAUUUGGCUUCAAACGUGCGCCUCCGACAUAUGAGGAUGUAAUCUCAGGACACAUCUUGGAUAUCUCGGCUGCAGAAUCUCCUGAAGAACUGCUGAAGAAUUUCCAAAAGACUUGGCAAGAAAGCGAGAGAGUAUUCAAAAGCCUGGGCUACACAAUGUCUGAUGCCGCGGAAUCAGAGCUGAGAAGUAGUUUCCAUGAGGAAGCGGAGUUUAUCAGUGAAACUGCACAUUCAGGGAAAGGAAACCUGCCUUCUUUGUCAAAAGAGAGUUUAUCCAAUGGAGUGUCUGGUUGCCGACAAGCAGACCUUUCAUAAAUCAUGCUUUCGGUGUCACCAUUGUGGCAGUAAAUUAAGCUUGGGAAAUUACGCUUCUCUCCACGGAAAAAUAUACUGUAAACCCCAUUUUAAGCAACUUUUCAAAUCUAAAGGAAAUUACGAUGAAGGUUUUGGACAUAAGCAGCAUAAAGAAUUAUGGAUUUCCAAAAUUC